GAAGAAAUUGUGGCAGUCCUGGCACUCCAAGGAAUGGUAAAAAAUUUGGUCUUUCUUACACUCUCAAUGAUGUCGUUCGUUACUCUUGUAAUGACUGUUAUAAACUAACUGGUGUCAGUUAUCGUCAGUGUCUGGCCGAUGGAACCUGGAGUGACACAUUACCCAUAUGUGCACGUAUGUAUUCUUUUAUUCUUCUCCAUCACUGAUCUAAAAUUAGGUCAGGAUAGAACAUCUUUAAUUGAAUGAGCAGUGCUGUCAGUGCUGUCAGAAGCAAAUUGUUACUCGGGGAGUGGGGCUGAAUCAAAGGGGUAUAGGGGUAUGUUCCCCCCUCCCCAAAGUGUUGCGUUUUCGAAGUCUCGGAAGAGCAUUUUCCGUGGUUUCUGAGAGGAAUUUUUAUUAAAGUUGUAAAUCCCUUGCAUUUAAAAAUUCAAUAUUUUGUAAUGCACUUGAUGACUUUUUACAACUUCCUCUCCUUGUCUCGAAACAACGUUUGCUCUGUAUGCAAUCACAAGUAUGAAUGUGGUUUUGUUCCUAUUGAUAUACAAUUUUUUAGCGAUUCCCAGUAAGCCUUUCGCGCUUGUAUUCGACUUUUCCGUUUUGCUCGGAGACAACCUUAAUUGAAAUAGCUGUAUACACACUAUCAAUCUAACAACAAAUUGUUACGGGUAAUAUAAGUUAGACAAUGUAAGUUUGAUUGUAAUUACCUGUGAAAGAAAGAAAUAAGGUAUCAAAAGAAAUAGAAUACUCAUCUCAGCCCUCUCCUUUCCCCGCUUCCAACGGCCCUGAUGAGCCAAUCUUAAAGCGUAAAAAGGCUACUAUAGUAAAAAUGUUCACGUUGUAGAAGUCGUGCGUUGGACUUUUAAUUGUCUGGACCUUUGCACCCUAUGAAUUCAAGUUGCGUUUUAAGCCUUCCAUUUUUGUGUGCAAAUCAUUUCUAAAGUAGUGGCUUUUAAAAUGCAUGCACCCACACAUAAUUUUUGUGAUAAAGAUACUAGCGGACCCCAGAUUACCCAUGCGAACAUUUUCGUACUGCACAUGUUAUUUUGAUACAGCCUGCAGUAUAUUACAUAGCUAUCUUUUAUUCUAUAGGAGUGACAUGCCCUAUACCCAGUCCAUUAACACACGGGACACUCAGCUUAUCGUCUCAACCUAUUUACUGUGGAAGCUAUGUUGACUACAGAUGUUCAACUGGAUAUAAUCUGAAGGGAGCGAGGAAAAGAACAUGUCUUGGAGAUGGCUCAUGGAGUGGCAACGACCCAAUAUGCGAAAGUAUCU